AUGUUGUCCAACGCAGCCCGAUCAGUAUCUCGCAUUGCCAGUCGCCGUGUCAACAAGGCUCCUUUGGCCAUUCGUGGAUUCGCCGAAAAGAAGGACGACGAAGGCAAGGGCACCAUUCCUUUUGGAAUUGGAAAGUACUUGGGAGAAGAAUCUGAUUUUUUGGUUCCUACGGACAAGGAUCGUGAUACCAAGCCCAAGCACAUUCCCGAUUUCGUCCCCGAUGACCUCAAAAAGGAAAUGGAAGAACUUGGCCUUACGGGUAUCGAAGAUUUGGAUGAGUUGGAACAGAGAAACACUGAAGGUUACAAUGACUUGGGUCUAGUCCCUCCGGAAGGCACUGGAACCUUUGCUUCUCCCAUCUUGAUUCCUUCCCGAAAAGCUUCCCGAGUGGUCGGAUACCAAGACCCAGAGAGCCAUUCCAUGUUCUGGUUCAGCAUCCACGCUGAUGACAGCACUUACUACAUUAAGGAUCUUGGGCUCUUUUUCAAGAUGCUCAGUGUCCCUGCCGAAUAA